UCAAAGUGUGUGUGUGGCAAAUUCCCAAACUCUAAGUCCUGGAAUAGUUCUCAAAGUUCAGUUCAGUGAGUCUUAAGGUGAAACGUGAGCAAAGGCUUUUGCAAAACACCGCUGACUGAAGAGAAAAUGUAGAGAGAGAAUACAGAGAAAAUUUACAAAAUCCACAUGUUCCACGAUGGAACCCAUAUGACACCUCAAUCACUGAUGAUCUCCAUUGCUUUGUUCCAAAGUAUCUGCCACCUCGAAGGCAUUCCAUACGUGGCCGCCCACAGAAAUACCUGUUUCCCACUACAGGUUAACGACAAAGUGGACUCCACUUGUUUGCUCCAAAAAUCUAUACGUGGAUUGUAGUGACAGACACAGCUAUUAUUCUUCAUCCAUCGAUAGAGACCAGCAGUCAGUGUCUCUGUCUCUCUCUCUUCAACUCACUGAGCAAAAAUGUCAGCACGUUGUUAUAAUCUUGCUGUCUGAUGACACCACACACACACACACACACAAACUACUCUACUGUCCAGGUGCCUUAAUGGGACCUUCACCAAAUAGCAACCUGGCUCGUAACAGAAAUGGUGUGUAACUUGAAGGAGAAUCUGCAGGUCUUGGUGUUCCCAUGCAUCUGCUGGCUUUGUCCUUGGCUGAGAUCACAGGUUUGGGAGGUACUCUUAGAGUAGCCUUUUAAGCCACAGCACCGUUUCCACUCAUGUGUCCCCCUGGGGUGAUACACCAUUUCGUCAUUCGAGGGGCUUCCCCACCCGACUCAGCCCCUCCACGUCCAGUAGCAGAGGGACCCUAGACUGUGGUCCUUCCCCAUGGAGCCUUUGCAUCGGCUGCACCGAGUUUCAGUGCGUCCUUCAGCACGUACUCCUGCAGCCUGGAAUGUGCCCGUCGGCAGCAUUCCCUUACGGACAUCUCGCAGUGCUGGAAGACCAACAAGUUUUGGGCAGCGAGCACAGACACUUUGGGCCGAAGGGCCUGCUCCUGUGCUGUUGUUGUAUAUUGCAUGCAAGAACAGGCUUGAGUAGCCAACUUCCGCUCUUAUUUACAUUCUUAUGAGAGUUUCUGCUAUUUUCUGGUUUUGUUUCAAAUUUUCGUUUUCUAAAGUUUUUUUGUUGCAAUUACUAAAACAUUCAUUUACAACCUGUCACUUACAAUUAAUGACACUUUCCCCCACUCCCAAAAGAGGCGUUGUCUCUUUCACAGGAACAAAGCAGCGUUUUGUUUUGCCACCGUCGUAAAAAGCUCACUGGUCAGAGGUUAAUCCAGCACACUGCUCUCUUUCUAACUUCAACUGCAAAAUAUCACUGCUUUGCACCGCGAUAUAAAACUCCGGUUGCAGAUGCCGGAUGGCGGCUGGCUGCGCUCCUCCCAAACUGCAGGAGUUUAUCCUCACCGAGAAGCUGGGCAGUGGCUCCUAUGCCACUGUUUAUAAAGCCUACAGGAAGGUGAACAGUCGAGAGGUGGUGGCCAUUAAGUGCGUGAGUAAGAAAAGCCUGAACAAAGCUUCGGUGGAGAACCUUCUGACGGAGAUCGAGAUCCUGAAGACGGUCAAACACCCUCACAUCGUCCAGCUGAAGGAUUUUCAAUGGGACGGCGAGAACAUUUACCUCAUCAUGGAGUACUGCGCGGGAGGCGACCUCUCCCAUUUCAUCCGCAGCCGCAGGGUGCUUCCCGAGCGAGUGGCGCGGCGCUUCCUACAGCAGCUCGCCUCUGCUCUUCAGUAUCUCCACCAGCGCAACAUCUCCCACCUUGACCUGAAGCCACAGAACGUUCUGCUCAGCUCUCGAAACUGCCCUCACCUCAAGCUGGCUGACUUUGGCUUCGCACAGCACAUGUCGCCCUGGGACGAGAAGCACGUUCUGCGGGGGUCCCCGUUAUACAUGGCGCCCGAGAUGGUGUGUCGGCAGCAGUAUGAUGCCCGAGUGGACCUGUGGUCAGUCGGAGUGAUUCUGUAUGAAGCGUUGUUCGGACGACCACCGUUUGCGUCAAAGUCCUUCACUGAGCUGGAGAGCAAGAUCCGCAGCAGCAAGGCAGUCGAGCUCCCUCCAGGCGCACGGGUCUCCCCAGACUGCAGGGACUUGCUUCUCCGACUGCUGGAGCGAGACCCAGAGCAGAGGAUGAUCUUCGAGGAAUUCUUCACUCACCCCUUCGUCGACUUGGACCACAUGCCGGACGCAGAGAGUCUGGAGAAGGCAACGGCCCUGGUUGUGGACGCCGUGAAGAAGGAUGAGCUGGGAGACUACUCUGCUGCGCUCUCUCUCUACUGCAGAUCCCUGGAGUACUUUGUCCCAGCUUUGCACUACGAGUCAGAUUGCCGACGGAAGACAGCCAUCCGCUCAAAGGUAACUCAGUACAUCUCCAGGGCGGAGGAGCUGAAGGCACUGGUCGCCAAGGGCAACAAAGCUGACUUCGAGCAGGCCAAGUCAGCGAGAGGCCUGUUGAAAGAGAUGUCUCGGGACAAGCCCCGUCUGCUUGCCGCGUUGGAGAUGGGCUGGGCUGCCGUCACCCAGGAGGAGCAAGGAGACGACUCGGUGGAAACACUACAGUUGUACCAGCAGAGUCUGGGCGAGCUGUUGCUCAUGUUGGCCGCUGAGCCACAGGGGAGAAGACGGGUGAUGUUGCACACAGAGAUCAAAAAUCUCAUGAGUCGAGCCGAAUAUCUGAAGGAACAACUGAAGAUGUGUGAGAAUCAGAAAGAAGCAACAUCCAUGGACCAAGAUCUCUUCUCGGAGUCAGUCAAGAGCAGUUGUUUGCUUCAGUGAACACACGUGUGUCAGAUACGCCUCAAUGCUGAUGUCUCACAGCAUUUCUCAGCUGGGAGUAGCCUCCAACUCCAAUGUAUUCUGGUACAAACCAUCCCAGAGUGGUAGCUGGCUGUUGAAUGAAAUGGUGACCAGUAACAUCAAUCAAGCUGGUACAAGAAUCUUAGUUUAAAAGCUUGCACGCUUAAACAAAAGAUCAUUCUUAUUAGAAAAGUGUAAUUUUUCAUAGAGGUAAUAUAUUUACUGAAUAACUGCUUAGAGGGAGCAGUCUUAUUUAAGUUUGGCCUAAGUUAGGCUUUUAAUUUCAGGAAUCUUCUCCUUGUUUCUGUGUGGUUUUUCUCCCCCAAAGGCCUGGUCAGUCUUUAGCACUUUUUCUUGAGGCCUGGCCAGUCACUUUGGUUUAGCACUUUUUCUUUGAAGUCGACUGGGGUCAGUUGCACCAAUGGGAAGUGAGCACUGACCCCCAGAACCAGGAGCCCCAACAGGUUAAAGAAAAGCGAGAACAAAUCAGUCAUCGCGCUGUGUUCUUCACUGCCCCUGCCCAUCCCCUGAAGCUGGGCAAACGUUACAGGAGCACCGUGCUUGUGUAGUAGUAGUUGUGGAAGCCAAUUUGCAGAAUAGACUCAGAGUCGCGGAGAGAUCAGUUGGCCUGUUAACUGUAGGUUGGCAUGUUCAAAGGGAACAGGAGCAGGAGUAAGUAGACCAUUUGGCCCAUCAAACCUAUCCCAGAGAGGUUAUUGGCUAACGUCUUCCACCAGACUGGAUAAAUUCACAGCGGUGCUCAGUGGAAGUUUCAACAUUAAAGUUUCUUUUGUGAUUAUAUGUGAGUUUUGUGAAUAUGUGAUUAUAUGUAUAGGAGUUGGGAGAGGGGUGAAGUUGUAACUACCCUCCCUCCCACGUGACAGUCUGACUCUCUCACCUCUCCCACCCCCUUCCUUCCAUUGUUAGCUUUCCCCUGAACUUUGGCCUCAAUGGGAGACCACUGCCGACCGGGACAGGACCAGUUUCUCCACUCAGCCUGGCCCUGGCGCUAUGUGCUACUGUCACUUGCUGGACCGUCUGGAUCUGUGGGAUAAAUGGAUGCAAAACAGACUGGCCAAUUUAAGAGGGGGAGAAUAAAACUGAAUCAAUCCCCCCUCUGGCUGAUCAGAGAUGAUUUGAGGAACCCACUCUCUCACCCAUGAGCAGAUACCUACCUCUUGUGUGCACUGAAAUCUUAGAAGCAGGAGCUGGGAAUUUGACCCUGUUACACUGUUGGCGACAGUUCUGUUAAUUAUAUUUUCUGAAAUGCAUUUGUCAAAAGUGCUUUCCAAACACUCACUUGCAGCCCCAGUCACCCCAGUGGUGUGUCUUAGUCCUAUAGCACAGAAACAGGCCAUUCAGCCCACUAGUCCAUGCUACGCAUCACACUAAUCCUACUCUAAUCCCAUUUAUACUAAUCCUACACUAAUUAAUCUCUCCACGUUCUCAGAAUCAGGUUUAUUAUCACUGACGUGUCAUAAAAUUUGUUGUUUUGCAGUACAGUGCAAGACGAUUACUGUAGGGUGCAAAAAAAAUUAAAUAGCGCAAAAGAGGAAUAACGAGGUGGUGUUCAUGGUUUCAUGAACUGUUCAGGAAUCUGAUGGUGGAGGGGAAGAAGCUGUUCCUGAAACAUUGAGUGUGGGUCUUCAGGCUCCUGUACCUCCUCCCCAAUCUCAUCAACUCUCCCCAGAUUCCACCACUCAUCUACAAACUAGGGGGCAAUUAACAGUAGCCGAUUAACCUACCAACCUACACAUUUCUGGGAUGUGGGAGGAAGGCAGAGCACCCGGGAGAAACCCGUGCAGUCACGGGGAGAACGGGCAAACUCCAUACAGACAGCACCAGUGAUCAGGAUUGAACCUGGGUCUCUGGCACUGUGAGGCCGUGGCUCUCGUGGUUGAGCCCCUGUGCCUCCUGUUUAAUUACUCAUCAUUGCAAUUAAUUUAGAGACUGGCGUCUUCCCUCUCUGCCCACAGGAAAAUAAAGCUUGGGAGGUCUUUAUCAAGGGAGGGAUCCCAGUGCUAUUUCUCAACUGGAACUGCAGUACCUCAGGAAACUGAAUCAGUUCGGUGUCCUAGUGACUUAGUUUAAUAGGUGGAAAUAAGUUAAUGGCCCCUUGAGGAAGAAUAUAGUUUCCCUUUCAGGAUGUGCUGUAGAGUUCGUGUAAUAAGAAAUUCCUUCACUCAUUUUUCUUUGACACCUUUCAUAUUUUAUGAGGAUUUCUUUAACGACUGACUCUGACCACUUCACUGCUUUAUGUUUCCAACUGUGCUUCUACCUGUCUGUGCUCCUGUCUUGUUAAAAUAACUUGAUGGAUGAUGGAAGUUAUUGCCGUCUCAAUAAAGUGAAAAUACUGAAGUUUAAUAUCUUUGCCUGCAAGUGUGUGGAAUGGUCUGAUUGAGAUCUUCAAAAUUAUGUGAACAAAACACAACUAUGGGCGAUGGGUAUAGAACAUAGAAAACCUACAGCACAAUUCAGGCCCUUCGGCCCACAAAGCUGUGCCGAACAUGUCCCUACCUUACAAAUGACUAGGCUUACACAUAGCCCUCUAUUUUACUAAGCUCUAUGUACCUAUUCCAAAAGUCUCAUAAAAGACCCUAUUGUAUCCGCCUUCACCACCGUUGCCGGCAGCCCAUUCCACACACUCACCAUUCUCUGAGUAAAAAAACUUACCUCUGACAUCUCCUCUGUACCUACUCCCCAGCACCUUAAACCUGUGUCCUUUUGUGGCAACCAUUUCAGAUGGUAUGAGAUGGACAAACCCAACAAGCAUUUGGGGAAAACUUCUCAAUGCAGGUGGCAGUAAGAGUAUGGAAAAUGAUGCUCCCAGGAGUUACUGAGGCAGAGGACAUGGAUGCAUGUAAGUGAAACGUGGUGGGGAAAGCAGGACGAUUAUAACCCUGGGAAUGAAAGGCUUUGAUGUCUCUGGGCCUGUACCAGGUGGAGUUCAUAAGGAUGAGGGUGGGAUCUCAUUGAAACUAAGGGAAUACUGAAAGGCCUGGAUAGAGUGGACGUGGAGAGGAUGUUUCCAUUAGUGGGAGAGUCUGGGACCAGAGGGCACAGCCUCAGAAUAAAGGGACUGAGAUGCGGAGGAAUCUAUGGAAUUAAUUGCCACAGAGGGUUUCCUCCAGCUUCUUCGGUUUCUUCCCAUAUUCCAAAGACGUACGGGUUACGAAGUUGUGGGCAUGCUAUGUUGGCGCCGGAAGCGUGGCGACACUGGCGGGCUGCCCCCAGAACAUUCUACGCAAAAGAUGCAUUUCACUGUGUGUUUCGAUGUACAUGUGACUAAUAAAGAUAUCUUCCCUUUCUACUUAUAUGAAGAUCUGCUUUUUUUGCCUGCCAUUCUUUUUCUGCUCUUUUAUUUGUCUUGUCUCGCCUGCUGGGCAUGUCCCAGUUUGCCAGCACUUACAACAUUACUUAGAUUAAGCAACAUUAGCAACACAUUACAUAAGACACAGAAGUUAAUCAGAUGUUAACUGCCCCUUAACUGCUGCAUAUUUCACCCUGUCAGAGAAAUGUCCUUUGUUUCACCUAUCGCCCUCCCCCAUCUCCUCUGCUACCUAGACUAACUUGUUGGAGACACCCGAGACUGCAGAUGCUGGAAAUCUAAAGCAACACACACAGGAGCUGGAGGAACUCAACGGGUCAGGCAGCAUCUGUGGAGGGAAAUAAGCAGUUGACUUUUCGGGUCGAGACUCUUCAUCAGGACUCGUUUCUCACUUUCUCAGUUCUAACAAAGGGUCCCAGAGCAGAAACAUUAAAUCUUUCUCUCCACAGAUGCUGCCUGACCUGCUGACUUUUCCAGCAUUUUCUCUUUUAUUCCACAGUUUUCUCUGCCACUUGCAAUUGCUUGAAGCCAAUCACGCAAAUUGUACAUUUUGAGGUGCUUCUUGGUGAGGUAUUUCCAGUACCUCUUUGAGAAUGGGACCUCGAGGUAAAAUUGACUCCACUGUUCCCCUCAAUGAAACCACUUUGCCCAUUUGGUGAUCUGCCAGAUCCCAUGAGAAGUUCUACAUCAGUUUUUUGUUUGGUAAUACUCCUGUGAAUUAACCUGUUCUGUUAAAGUUGCUAUAUAAGUGAAAGCUAUUGUUUUGCCUGCAGUUAAGCUAUUUGAGCAACUGAUUGGAUGUCAUUUAAAUGCAAGUUUUGUUUCCAAAUGCAUGAAGAAAAACUGUUCCUGAAUGCUUUUCCUGUCUCUGUUGGUGGAUAAUAAUCAGCCAUGCUUGCUUUACAACAGAUAUGUAAAUUGAUGCUAAUAAGCUUCC